AUGCUCAAGCACUCCAGUCCCGUCGUGAUACCGCCUCGCACCCCGCCGCGAGCAUCCUCCGCCCAGACGGUACGCAUGAAUGGACAGAACAGCGGCCGUCCGCCUCGCUCGAUCAGGCGCCACAACCCAGAUGCCCUUCCACCAGCAGUCGCCGCCCUGCUGGCCAUCACAUCGAUUCCCGCCCGCCAGCCCCAACGCCGCCGCAAGCGCCCUGCUGCGGACCGAAGGAUCUCCAUGGACGAGCUGAUCCAAGAGUGGAAGCAAGACGACACGGAGAUAGCGUCCUCCUUGUCCGGGUCCCCCAUGGACUUGCUCCUCGGCCGCGUUGACGAAUCCGAGUCGGACUAUGGCGGCAGUCUGCCGAGUCUGGACCAGGAGAGGGGACGUUUUGGCGCUUCACGAUCCAUCUCCAGCGACUCACUGUCGACAUUGCCGCCUUCCCUGGACUACGACUCUCCCUCAUACGCCUCGCACUGGGACAACCUCAGCACGCCAGAGUCACUGAGUCGCAAGUCGCUGUCCGAGCGCCGCGAGAAGAUUUACUCGUCGCCACCAAAGGAGGACUGUGUCUUGGACCACCCGCUCCUCCACUUCAACGCAGAAGACCCGGAAGAGUUCACCGAAGCAAAUGUCCCAGAUGUCAUCACGAUAUCGCCAUCGAACGAAAGAUUCAAGUCGUUCAAGUCGAACCUCACGGCCUCACUGCAGGCGCUGAAAGAAGCAGCCAAGUCAUUCUCAAACUUCACCGCACCAAGCGUGCCGCCCGAGGAUCUUCUUACUCGAUCGAUUCUGUCACCCAACUUCACCAGCGAAAUGCGGCCAAACCACCUGGACGGGCUUCCGUCACCAGCACUCCGCCGCUAUCUCAACCCACAGCCUGCUCCCACCUCCCCCACGGAGCUGUCCAUGCAACUUCACGAUGCGCUCAUGAUCGACGCCGAUGCCGACACCCAUGCGCCGAUGAUCCAGAUGCAGACAUACGACCGACGUGGCCGGUCAUCAAGAAGCCGACGCAAGACUGCGGAUCCGUUUUCCGAAGCUGGACGCUUGCAGUCACCCACACCCACCGUCCGUCAGCGCGAGCCCCGCGAGAACAGCGACUUCCUGCGCGUAAUCGUUCUCGAGAUGAACAUGCGCCGCGUAGGCAAGCUCGACACCAAGGCCGUCGGCAAGGCGCGCAUUUGGCUCCCGCCGAGGAAAUUGGGCUCUUGCAAAUCACCUGCCUUUCAGAGCGCAAGCGGUGUGCCGAACCGAUGGGUUGGCACCCCGGCCUGA